AUGCUAGGCCAGGGUUGCUCAAAUCCUGAUACCCGUCGCAAGCAGAACAAUAGAUUCAAUUGCAAUGUAUGUGAGGCCAUGAGUCAGCAGGAGAAUGCAGCGGAGAAGGAGGCAGCGGAGAAGGAGGCAGCGGAGAAGGAGGCAGCGGAGAAGGAGGCAGCGGAGAAGGAGGCAGCGGAGAAGGAGGAAGCGGAGAAGAGUCCCAACGAGGGAGAUCCUAUGGCAGAAGAAUCGAUGAAACGUUUGAAGCUAUCUGAUUGA